UGAAGAAAAAGCUAAAUAUAAGUUUUGUAAGACUGUCGCUUGCUAUACAUUGGAGAAUAAUAUUUCCGAGCAAGAGUUAGCAAAAAGAUUAGAGGUUUCUCAUUCCAAAGUGGAAAAAGUUAUCUUUUGUCAUAUUGAUGAACUUGAUUUAAAAGAACUGGUGGACUAUGUUGCCAAAUUGUCUUUGCCGUGGGAAAAGCCCGCUAAUUUAAGACCUUACGAUUACAGAAUUAGGAUUAAUUGGCAGAGGUUCACUAAAUUAGAAAUCAGUCCUUAUUAUGAGAAGCACAAUAAAGAAUAUUUGGAAGCAUUAGAGAAAAAAGGGAUUGUGUUGAGUAAAGCGGAAUUAGCCGAAAAACUAAUCACUGAUGUUUUGAUUAUGAAUGUUCUGUUGCCUCAAUUAGAUGGAGAAAGAGGGAUUAUUUCGGAAGGUAGAUAUUACAAUUGGACUUAUUACUCUCGCCGAACUUUUAAAGAAACUGAAACUAAAAUAAAAGCCUAUAAAUUGGUUUGGUGUGUGGCUGACGAUGAACCACAUAUUUUAGGAUUAAUGGAUUGCUAUCGCCAAAUAAUCACAGGCAAUAAAGGGGGAACAGGAAAAACCACUAUCGCUGCCUUACUGGCUGAGUAUUUGAUUUAUCAGAAAAAAAAAGUCAAUUUAAUUGAUGCUGACCCCAACCAAGCCUUUCAGUCUUGGAUAAAUAAUUGUCAGGAGGAAGGUCGUCCCGUCUCGUCUCGUUUACCAGUUGAUUAUCAAAUUAUCGAUACUGCCGGAGUAAGCGGCGGCUCGGAAACUUAUCUCAAACGAGCCGAUAUAAUGAUAGUUCCUUUUAUCCCUCACUAUGUAGAUUUACAAGAGCAGCAAGAAGGCUUAAACCAAUUAAAAGACGAGACGGGACGAGACAAGAAAGCAGGGAUAAUUUUGCCUCCGCUUUCCUCUCGCCCUGCUCUCUAUGGUUCGGUGCUUAAUGGCAGUAAAGAUAACUUUUUUACCAAACCAGAAAGCGAGCAAGUAAAAAAAAUAUUCCAGGAAUUAUUUAACCAUUAUGAGAAAAAUAAAAAGUCAAGUUAG